AAAAAUGAACACAGUUCUGCUUAUAUUUUUUAAUUUAGUCGGUUUUUUUCUAAACAAAUGCCAAUCUACAUUUAUAAAGUCUACCAGAAUGCACAUAUCCAUAAAAAUAUCCUGCUACUUUUAAGAAUAAAAUGAGAUAUUGCAUUGAUGAUUUCAAUUAUGUAGAGUAUUACUGAAAGUUUUAUAAAUGUAACUAAGCAACAAUGUAAAAAUUUGACAUUUAUAAGGAUGAUAAAUGAUAUACCAUCAUUUGAAAACAUUUUAUUUUCAGAUAUUGAGAUACAAGAAAUAAUCAAUAAUAUUAAAGAUAACUAUAAUUAUUAUGUGUGGGAUGUUGAGAAAAUUUCAAAAAAAAUUAGAAAAAUGAGAUGUUCAUAUUCGCAGAUAACACUUUAUUUGAUAUAUCAUAUUCAACUAGAUUGGAAAGCUAAAACCAAAUUAAACUUUGAACAACUACAAAUAUUCAAGGAAUAUUUGCAUCGUAUAUUAUCGAUAUUUUAUGUAACAUUAUGUCGUGCACCUAAAGGUGUUUGGAUGGCAUCAAUAACUAUAGAUGCGUUACUCGAAAAAAAAAUAUUAUUAGAAGAAGUUGAUUUCCAUUUCAUUUGCGAGGAUUUAUUCAAUUGCUGUAAAAAAUGUAAUACUUUUGGCCGCUUGACAAAAUCACCUUUACCUAUGAAUAGAUACAAAAACGAAAAAUAUCCGAGUUUAGAAUUUAUUUUUGAACAAUCAGUUUUUUUAAAAUUGUCAAAGGAAUAUAUCCCGGACUCCUUUUAUGAAUUUUAUCAGUUUGAAGACGUAACAAAUAUUUAUAGUUUUAUUUGGGAAGAGAAUUUUCAAACUUUUAUUCCAUCAAGUAACAUACUUCCCGAAUAUAACUAUAGUUAUAUAGAGAAGAGGUACAAAAGCUUGUUAAAUAAUUGGAAAAAUAAUUAUUUUGCAUUACUAGAUUAUACCGAGUGCAUAAAGAGUAAUUUAAUGUUGGUUACUUAUUAUUCUUUGGUACGUCAUUGUAUUUAUCUUAUGAACAUGUUAAAUCAAAGCUUAAACGAAAUUCAAUGCACACAAGAAGAAUUAGACCAGUUAUUGAAAAUUCCAAUGAGCAUUUUAAAUGAAAUUGGUGAAUUUACAGAAAAUAUUUCAAAAAAUUGUAUAUAUAAAAAUAUAAUAGAUGAACUUUCAUCUAUAGAUAAAAGUAAAUUGAUAAAAUUUACCAAUAAAGUAAUUGGAUGUUAUAAUAAUUUGAGUUACAAUUUAGAUAUGAAAAAACUUGAUUUAAAGUAUUUAAUAAAUACAGUUUCCACAAAUACAUUUGAUUACUCUAAAGCUAAAAUUCAAUUAGAAUCAUAUGUUAAUGAAGCAAAGCAAUUUUAUCAUUCGGUAAGGGGUGGAAUGGCUCCAGUUGAUUUUACCAUCCUAAGAAUUUUUAGUUACAGUUGUAACAUGCUGACUUAGAUUUUACUUUUAAUAUAACUUUAUCUAUACUAUAUUCAGAAUUUACCAUAUUUAGUUAUUUUUAUUUUAAAUAGAAGAUUGAUAAACAAUACAUAGUACAUUUUUUUAAAUUUUUUUUUUGUUAUAGUAUACAUAUUAUUGUGUAUAAUUUGUGUCAUAACGUAUCCCGUCUCAAUAUACCUAAUAUGAUGUUAUUAAAUUAAGAGUAUAAAAU